AUCUAAUUCUCACUCGUUAUGCCUUGAUCAGAGCCUGUUCCCUUGGUUCUCUGUGUUUAUUAUGCUGUGUGUUUUCGAUGUGUGAAUCUUGUCGACCAUGUUGCAAAAAAGCAAAGAUAUUUGCGAGAGCAAAUGUGAUUUCAACGUUCCUCUUGAUUGUACUGGAAACAUGCACAGUGAUAUCGUUUAUGCUUGCCUUGGCAAAAUUGUCAGGAUCUCUAAGUAAAGGAUGGUCGUUCUAUGUGGAAGUCGUGUCAUCUAUUUUUACAGCUUUUGUUUUCUUCAUCCUCAUCUUCAGCAUAUUAUUUUGCAAUAAAAAAUGUUACAUGGAUCAUACAACAUUUGUGAAUCGUCCCUCUGACGAAAAGUUACUUUUUAAAAAGCUUCCUAGGAGUGUGAAUUCGGACGUCGGAGAAUCAUUGUCUGUGACCGCAGAAGUAUCAAACGCCGACAAUGUUUACUGGUGCAAGGGAAGGGAUCAUGUGAUCAAGUAUUCCACUUCUUUCACCGAACACUUUGAAUCCUCGAAAGCUGAAUUAAGAAUACAAAGUGCAAGACUUCAAGACGAAGGCGAAUAUACCUGUGUUGCAGAAAAAUAUGGGGAAAAUAAGGACAAACUAGCGCACAGAUUCUUCAUCUAUGUCUUUCAUGUUAAGCCGGUAUUUACCCAAAAGCCACCGGCGAAUAUUACUGCGUAUGUUGGUAGUGUGUUAAACUUGGAGGCUAAAGUAGAUAAUGCAGAAACAGUAACGUGGAUGCAUGAGGGAAAAGAAAUUAUCAGUUGCUCAAAAAGAAAUAUAAAAUGGAAAUUCCUGCACGGGGAAGCCUCUUUAAGAAUCGGAAAUGUGACUAAAGAUCAUGAAGGGGAUUACACAUGCACAGCUAGAUCAGGAAAUGACCUACAGAAAGGGAAGAACGCGAUGGAGGAAAGUGUAUAUUGCAAAGUUAGGGUCGUAAAUGCUGAACUGCCAUCAUUUGAAAAUGCACCAAAAUCUAUGAUUGUUACGGAGGGCAACAUUCUGGAAAUAGAGUUAAAAGUAUGUGGAUUUCCUUUACCAGAAAAGGUUUCUUGGUUCAAAGGAAACGACAAGCUAGAGAUGAACAAACGUAUAACAAUGCAGUAUAUUGACGGGAAAUCAAAACUAGCCGUACUAGAUACAAAGGAGGCUGACGCGGGCUUAUAUGAAUGCUACACCGAAAAUAUACAUGGAAAUAACGUAUGUCGGAUACCUGUUAAAGUUACAAAGGAUGAGUCAUUACAUGAGACGAUUGAAUGUCCCAUCUGCAUGGACCUCGUCCAGACAAAGUUUUACAGUGUGGGCAUGCCUUCUGCUCGGAGUGUUCGACAAGAUUAACCAGGUGUCCCACUUGCAGGGCCCCUGUUCAAAUUUUAACCAGUCUAUUUCUUUAGUGUAUGUCAAUAUUUUUCAAACAUUUUGUAAACAGAUUUUAAAAAUUUGUA